CCUUCAUUCAUUAUGCACCCAGUGCUGGGUGCUUGGUACACGGGGGUGAAUCAGACCCCGUUCCUGCCUUCGGGGAGUUCAGGGGGUGGUGGGAGGACACGGACCUAGGCUCCGACAGUGAGCUCUGAGUAAAGAAGUCGCCGAAGCAGUGGGACACUACACGCGGGGAAGGCUUCCUGGAGGAAGUGAGGCCUAAACUGAGCCUUGAAGAAUGAUUAAGUUUGCUCCAGGAAUAUAUUGCAAAGGCAUUCUUGGCGGAAGGACCCGAGACGUGAAAAAAACAGGCGUAUUCUGGUAAUUUCGAGGAGAGGUCGACAGUGUGGGGAGUUGGAGUGACCCGGCUGGAUGUGACCCCCAAGACAGAAUGGUGCUGGACUCGGGGGCUCAGGCGUAUGAUCAGGCACCCCCCAGCCCGCCUACCAGCCCCCCAUCCCUGCGCCAUAGGCUGAAGCCCUCAGACCGAGAUGGGCCACUACUGUACCCCUGGUCUCAGUCCCUGGCCUUGCCCCUGGCUCUGGCAGUCCCCCCAGCACUGCAGCCCCAGCCUGAGCAGCAGCCGUUCUCACAGAUGCACCUGGGUCACCGUGGCCACAUGCGUCGCAGUGAGAGCACCUACUCUGUAAAUAGUACUGGCCGGCAGGGUCGUGGCACCCUGGGACGGCCUCCACUUGGACGGGGACGGAACCCAGGUGGGGGCACCCUGCGGCCUGCAGCCUCCCUGCCUCACAUUGCUAAGACUCAAAGGGAUGCAGGCCAUAUUGCCAGCAAGAGCCCCUGCAUGUUGGUGGCUCUGCGGCCAACCAACAUGGACCAUGAGCGAGACAAGUUCUUCCAGUCCCAUUACACCUACAAUCCACAGUUUGAGUACCAGGAGCCCAUGCCCACGGCUGUGCUGGAGAAGUACUGCGAGGCCUCUGGACAGUUCAUCCAUCAGGCAGUUGGCAUCAUUGAGGCUGUUCUGGAGAAGUUUGGAACCUAUGAACACUUUGAGGCUGCCACUGGGGGGCAGCUGCUUACCAAGUGCCAGAUAUGGUCGAUUGUGCGCAAAUACAUGCAGAAGGAGGGCUGCGUCGGGGAGGUUGUGGUGCAGCUGAGUGAGGACCUGCUGUCCCAGGCAGUGAUGAUGGUGGAGAACAGCCGGCCCACAUUGGCGAUCAACCUGACCGGAGCCCGCCAGUACUGGUUGGAGGGCAUGCUGCGGCAUGAGAUAGGCACCCACUACCUGCGGGGCGUGAACAACGCGCGCCAGCCGUGGCACAACGCGGAGGGCCGGCUGCGGUACGGGCUGCGGCCGGCGAACCCCACGGAGGAGGGCCUGGCCAGCCUGCACAGCGUGCUGUUCCGCAAGCAGCCGUUCCUGUGGCGCGCUGCGCUGCUCUACUACACCAUCCACCGCGCCGCGCGCAUGUCCUUCCGUCAGCUCUUUCAGGACCUGGCGCGCUACGUGCAGGACGCCGACGUGCGCUGGGAAUACUGCGUGCGCGCCAAGCGCGGCCAGACGGACACCUCGCUGCCUGGUUGUUUCAGCAAGGACCAGGUGUACCUGGACGGCAUCGUGCGCAUUCUGCGACAUCGCCAGACCAUCGAUUUCCCGCUGCUGACCUCACUGGGCAAGGUGUCCUAUGAGGAUGUGGACCACCUGCGGCCCCAUGGGGUGCUGGAUAAUACCCGGGUGCCCCACUUCAUGCAGGACUUGGCACGCUACCGGCAGCAGCUGGAGCACAUCAUGGCCACCAACCGGCUGGAUGAGGCGGAGCUGGGUCGCCUGCUACCCGACUGAUGUCCGUUGAGGGCUGCAGAGAGAGGCCCUGGACAGAAGCUCCAGAUAGGCCCCCAGAACAUGAAGCAGUUUGCUCUGUGCUUCCAUGGCCUAGGUGUUUCUUGGGGGUGUUGGGAGGGCAGGAGCAUUCCUUGAGGAGGAGUGGCAACAUCAAAGUGUUUGUGUCCCUUGCCAGCCUCCCUGGGGCCUGGGGACCUGCAGCAGCAUGUCUGGCAAACUGAGUCACCCUCCUGCUUCCAGCUCCCUGUUGAGCAGAGGGAAGGCACAGGGGCAGGAAGAGAGCUGAGCAUUGAUGGGGAUGGGGGUGAUUUGGGAAUAGAAACUUGUCCUUGCAUGAGAU